AAGUGAACGAAAGCGCACAGCGCACAACGCGCAACGAAAGAAACGAGGGGGAGGGGUGUUCAGCGCAGCGCGCAAGUGCGGCAACAGCGCAGCGCAAACCGAAAGAAACGCGAGAGAGCAAGAACAGCUGAUCCGCGCAUCCAGCGCAGCGCGAGAGGAAAAAAACGGGAGGGAGGGGGUAUCAGCUGAUCAGCUGUUUUGUAUCGCGAGAGCGCCCCAUGUAAUUUGAAGGCAAACGAGAGAGCGCUGCGCGCGCUUACUCUCAAUUCGGAAAAAAAUCGCUUCCGCUCGACUAUGGCGGACAAUACAACUUCGACCGAACCCCUUCCCCCUGUUUCUACAUGCCCCUCGCCUGUAAAUUUCGCUCUCUUUGUCUGUCGGGGACCCUACUAGCAAUGAGAAUGUAAAAGUGUGCGUCUUUCAGGCGAGGGGCAUGUAGAAGCAGGGGGAGACGGUUGGAAAUACGCGGAAUUACGCGGCGGCGAGAGCGUGUUUUGCUUUCUACACAGUUUUUGCACUCACACAAUCACACAUGUGUGAAUGUGUGCGUUCACUUUCAGCCAGCGCACUCAGUUUGGUUUUCUCGCAGCGGCUUGCUGGUGUCGGUGUCUCGCUCGCACUAGUGCAGCGAGUGUUCCUCGUGCGUUCCCUUUCUUGCUACCACACAAAAUCGUCAGUACAGUUCAAGUCUUCGCAGCGUGAGGCAGCGCGCGUUUUAGCCUAAGUCCCGGGCGCUCGAUUAUUCAACAUACACAACAUACAGGCAGUAAGGCGGGUGCUUGAAGUGACGAUUUUUUUAAUUAUUUAUAAUAAAAAAUAUGUGUGGUUUUGUGACAAGAUUGUGGUUAGCGAUGUGUGGAACUGUGCCUUAAGUUUCAAUAAAGUGUUAAAAUAUCAAACGAGUUUGAUGUGUUUAAGUUUUAUUUCGAUGCAUGCGAUUUUAUUACGCUGCAAAUCAAAGUGAACGAAAGCGCACAGCGCACAACGCGUAACGAAAGAAACGGGGGGGAGGGGUUGUCCAGCGCUACGCGCAAAGUGCGGCAACAGCGCAGCGCAAACCGAAAAGAACGCACGGGAGGGGGUGUUCAGCGCAGCGCGCAAGUGCGGCAACAGCGCAGUGCAAACCGAAAGAAACGCGAGAGAGCAAGAACAGCUGAUCCGCGCAUCCAGCGCAGCGCGAGAGGAAAAAAACGGGAGGGAGGGGUAUCAGCUGAUCAGCUGUUUUGUAUCGCGAGAGCGCCCCGUGUAAUUUGAAGGCAUGCGAGAGAGCGCUGCGCGCGCUCACUCUCAAUUCGGAAAAAAAUCACUGCGCCUCGACUAUGGCGGCCAAUACAAAAUCGACCGAACCCCUUCCCCCUGUUUCUACAUGCCCCUCGCCUGUAAAUUUCGCUCUCUUUGUCUGUAGGGGAUGUUUUGGUGAAUGGGGUGUGUUGGUUGGUGGGCGAAUUAAAAUAAAUCUCGAACGGGUACGGGUGUGUGUGCGCGCAAGAAGAAGCAACAAAAGAAGAAGACAUGAAGUCGUUAACCGUUGGAAUUCUGGGCCGCUGCGGUACAGGUGCGGGCCUGUUCGGUGGCAGUCGCUCGUCGGAAGUAAUCGCAGCAAGUUUACCAUUUGUCCGCGCCAUCACCACCACCACCACUACCACCACUACAGGCGGUACAGCAACGGCGGCAGCUGGUUGUCAAGUGAGCUGUCAAAACAUUGGCGCCUCGUUGCAGUUGUGUUCGCGCACCGCGAUACCGUGGCAUUUCGGACGGACGACGGGACAACGGUUCUAUUCGCGCUACUCAGCCAACCGCAUCAUGACCGGGGCGGACACGUUCAGCUUUGCCGACUACGACUGCGUCGGGUUCGAUCUGGACAACACGCUGCUGCGCUACCGGAUCGGUGAGAUGAUCGAGCUGGAGUACCGCACGGUGGCCCGGUUUCUGGUCGAGCAGCGUGGCUAUGCCGGGCGACAUUUGCUGCAGCCGCUCGACAAGGACUUCCUGCAGCGCGGGCUAAUCAUUGACUUUCACCGGGGAAACAUCCUGAAGCUCGACCCGGACGGUGUCAUUCAGCAGGCGACGCACGGCACCAAGCGCAUGGCGGACGAGGAAAUCCGCGCCUACUACGGCGACGAGAAGCGGUGGGAGGUGACGAACGAGUACUGUCGGAACAUGCUCGUCGCGUGGAACGGCCCACUGUCGGAGCAGAUACGCACGGUGCUGGAUUACUUCGACAUCUGCGCCACGCUGCUGUUCGGCCGCGUGAUCGAUACGCUGGACGAGGACGCGCACGAGCGCAUCGGACGGUACAACGUGUGGCCCGACAUUCUCGACGGGCUGGUGUACAUGUACUCGAGGGACCACUUCGGUGCCAACAUCGGCGGCUACUUCGAGGCGCUGAAGGCCAACCCGGAGCGGUACCUGCAGAAAGCGUCCCCCGAGCUGGUGCGCUGGUUGCGCGAGCUGAAGAAAACGAAAACCACCUUCCUGGUGACCGGAUCGCAUAUCGAUUUCGCCAACUUUACCGCAUCGUACGCGUACGGUCCCGACUGGCCCGAGCUGUUCGAUGUGGUGGUUGGGUUCGCCAAGAAGCCGGGCUUCUUUACCGCGGGCAAGCCGUUCGUGCGGCUGGAAGGCCACGACGAGACGGAACCGCUGACGGCCGGCCAGCUGGAACGGUACGGCGUCUACUCGCAGGGCAACUGGCGCGAUUUGACCGUGCUGCUGGGUAAGAUCUGCCACAAGUCCAGCCCGCGCUAUCUGUACGUGGGCGACAAUCUCAUACAGGACAUGUACACGCCGUCCAAGUACACGACGGCCGACACGGUGGCGAUCGUGGAGGAGAUGGAAGCGGAAGGUAUGCGCGAUUGCGAUGCGGGCCAUCCGGACGCACCGUACAUCGUGUCCAAGUUCUGGGGAUCGUUCUUCACCACCCGGUCGGGACCGGGCGUGGAGGAUGCGUCGCUGUGGGCGGGCCUGAUAAAGCAGCACGCCAAGAUUUGCGUCCCGUCGAUGGAUGAGGUGGCCAAGUAUCCGAUCGAUCAUUGCUACAACAGCUUCACGGAGAACGUUAGCUGCAACGGUUACUAUCCGGCCGAGCCGCUGAAGUUGGUCAACAAUUGAAGCGCUGGCACGCUAUCUUUUGCUACUGUUUGUACUGUUUAUGGUCUGUUUGUAGUUGAGCGUGUGUAGUAGAGCUGAAGUGUGUUUUUAGGGCACAGGAGACAAAGUGUACGUGAUUGCAUUUGGCAUUUGGGUACACAAACAGUACCCUCUCAAGCAAGGACAAGAUAAAUAGCAAAACUUGAAUGUUGAUAGCGUAAUAGUUGCAGCCCUUCAACCUCUGCGAACCUACAAUAACAGUAUCUAUCGUUUGUGAGCGUUUACGACAGCGCUCAAAGUAUUCUAAAGAGCGUAACCGCUGGAAGGUUUGACGUUGGUAGGUUAGAAAUAGUUUCCGAACUAUACCCUUUUGCGAAUCGCGCUAUCUUGACUCCCUUUUUCCUACGUUUACCAACAUCCCCACUACAGUCAAACUUCUCUGACACAUACAAUGUUUUUAUCUAUGUUAGUAAAACCAGCCACAGCCCGAGAAAAGAUUGUUUGUGCGAUGAAUGGGAUGAUCUUUCGAUGUAAUUUAUCGCACCUCCCCCCCAUUGUAAAUGUCUGAUGACGCCGUUGAUCGUGGCAGAAAGCGCAUUAUUCAAAGAUCAGCAGUGUACGAGCGACGACGACGAAAUGCACAAAAUAAUGCCGAAAACAAAGCAUUCGUGUGUUAAAAAUAAUAUUAUUACGUUCUGGUUUGCAGUGAACAAAUAUGAGGCCAUAAAAAGUAGCUCAAAGCUACCAUUCCCUUUUAGGUUGUGUCUGUGGUCAGGCGAAGAAACGGAAUUAACGAUAUUUAAAAAAAAACUAGCUUCAAGCUCUGUUAAUCUGAAAGAUUAAAGUCCAACGAGACUUUCACGUUUAGCAGGUUUUUUUUUCUCUGUUCUGUCGAACCAAUCCAAAUUUUACAUCAUGUUCUUGAGAUUAACCAAGCGGCUGUCAAACCCCGGCGGAAGAUUACAAACCAUGCUAGCGGGCAAGCUGAUAAACAAAAAAAAAACAAUAAUUAGAUAGUAAUGAAGGUGUGUAGUGUAUUCUGCUCACAUGUGAAACAUGUCGAACUGCAAAUAAAUAAAGUAAACGGAAGCAAAAAGACAGCUAAACGUACAAAAAUCCGUACAA